ACGGCAAAGCAAAAGUUUUUCUUUGUAUUGUUAAACGCGCUCUUCCACUGUCCUUUUGCUUCUGCAAUUUUCCUUCAAUAUGGAAGGAAUAAUCAAAGAAAAGUCUGUUUGCUUAUCCAACGGAAAUGUGUUAGCUAACGAUGAGGUCAAAUCUCCGUUUCUUAUUGGCGUAGCCGGAGGCACAGCCAGCGGUAAAUCGACUGUUUGCAAGAAAAUAAUGGAACAACUCGGGCAAGCCGAAAUGGAUGAUACGCAACGUCAGGUGGUGUCCAUCAGUCAGGAUAGCUUCUAUCGCGAGCUAACACCGGCCGAAAAGCUAAAGGCGCAAAAAGGCAAGUUUAACUUUGAUCAUCCGGAUGCGUUCAACGAGGAGCUCAUGUACGAGACACUGCAGGCCAUUCUCAAGGGCAAAAAAGCUGAAAUACCAAGCUACGACUAUCGCACCAAUUCGCUGGACUUUGAAAACGUGCUGGUUAUCUAUCCAGCGGAUGUGGUGCUCUUUGAGGGCAUAUUGGUAUUUUAUUUUCCCAAAAUACGCGAUCUAUUUCAUAUGAAGCUCUUUGUGGACACCGAUUCGGAUACACGUCUAGCGCGGCGCGUCCCACGUGAUAUCAAUGAGCGUGGCAGGGACUUGGAUGCUGUGCUCACUCAGUACAUGACCUUUGUGAAACCUGCCUUCGAGGAGUUUUGCUCGCCGACCAAAAAGUUUGCUGACGUUAUCAUUCCUCGCGGUGCAGAUAAUACAGUUGCCAUUGAUCUCAUUGUACACCAUAUCGGAGAAAUUCUCGCGGCCACCAACAUCGCACAGCACAACAACACAGUCAGAACUGCGGCCGCCAGCAUGAAGCGCGAUCACUAAAACUCCCCCUACUUUAUUUUUUUUUAAAUUUUUAAGCAAAAUUAAAAAAAAAAAAAAAGCAAAAACAAAACAUUUUCUGAUCCUAACUAAACUGACGACGCGCCCAGUGUUAAGCUUUCACUAACUACAAAUUAUAGAGCGCAGGUCCUUCCCAAUCCUAACCAAUUAAUUUAGCCCUAAGAUGGAAAAUUUAUCUAUAUUAUGCAUACCAUUGUAUAAUUUAUGUAAACGUGUAUUGUAAGCUUGUUUUUUGUUUAUUGAAAAGAAAAAAAACUUUCUUAACCAACUCAAUUGGCGUCUCAGCGUCUAACUCGGGCUCAAAUAUAUAAACCUUAUGUUAUAAAGUGGGGUAGCUAUUAAUUAUGCAGUUGUGUAAGAAUAAAUAUUGUCAUAUAUUAUUAGUUUCAUGUUAAAUAUCCAAAUUAUUUUAAGCACUAAAUGGUCGAAUACACGAUUAAAUUCACCCUCUCAUGCCUAACUAAUCAUAUGUAUGUAUAUGUUUAUCCAGCUAAACCUACAUAUUAACUUAACGCUUUUGCCAAAAACAGUUUAAGAAUUGUUAAAAACAUACAAGAAUUGUUAAUUUAACUCUAUUUAACAAGUCACACACAUGUGUGUGAGCCUAAAUUAUAAAUAACUCAAUAUUAAAAACCAUAUAAGCUAAAA